AAAAAUGUUUUUAUAAACUUUGUCACUGUAUUAAUAACAUUUAAAUAUUUUUAUCAUGUCUGGAUCUGGCCAACACCCGCAACAGCGUCGUCGGUUUUGCAUUCCGACCGUUGAAGAGAUUGAACAGAAUCGUUUGGAAACAGAGCGGCGAUUGGCCCCUUCUGAAAAUAUGGCUUUUGUCAAUAUUGACGUGUCGGCUUCGACUUUUUUUUCAUCUAUGCAAGAGAACAUCUCUACAACCGAUCAGCCGCAACUGGAAAAGCAGUCCGCAGUCAGCAGCACGCCUGGCACUACAAAUGCCAACCAAACGGCUCCGCCUGUUAUUUCACCCGUCAAAAGCUUCAGCCAGUCAGUGCAGGUCAACGACCUUCAAAGGGGCAAUCCAUUGUUGGCAUGCAUAAGGAACGUGCGGUGGAGUUAUAGCAAAGACAUUGUCCCUGACUAUAUUGUUGGGCGCACUUCGUGUGUGCUCUACUUGAGCGUAAAGUACCACCUAUUGCUUGCAUGGUCGCUGGAUGAAGCAGGCAGGUAUAUCGAAUCGCUCAAGGCGUUUGAAAAUCGGCAGCCAGACAUAAUUAGGGAGCGCGUCGAUGACAACUAUAUGGCCAGGCUGACCAAUGCGCUGACUAGCGUCAGGUCAGUCAACAAAACUGAUGUCCUAACGCUGGCGACAAACUUUGGGUCAUUUGAUGGCGUUGCCAAGGCCACUGCGGAUGAAUUGACAUUAUGCCCGGGAAUUGGUGAUCUUAAAGCGCAAAGAUUGUUCAAAGCACUCAACGAGCCAUUCAUUCCUGAAAAGUAGCAUCGAACAGAUAUUGAAGUUUUAAAAAAAU